AUGCUUCGCGCCCGCUCGCUCAGGCUGUGUCGGCCGCCGCUGGCGGCCUUUCGGCUGCUGAGCAGCGCCGCCGGGCCGAGUGCGCCCUCGCCCAGCGCGAGCGCCGCGCGCCGAGCCAUGCGAAGCCCGGUCACGUGGCUCUCGGCGGCGGCGACGCUUGGCGUGCUGUAUGCCGGCUACGAGUGGCAGUACCAGCGGCAGCUUCAUCGGCAGCGGGCGGCGGGGCGGCCCGACCUGGGCGGGCCGUGGUCGCUGGUCGGCGUCGACGGCCAGCGCGUCACCUCGGAGCAGCUGCAGGGGCAGUGGGUGCUGCUGUACUUUGGCUUCACAAAGUGCCCCGACAUCUGCCCGCAGGAGAUGGACAAGCUGACGGCGGUGCUGCGGAGCCUGGACGGGAAGGGGCAGCGGGCUCCGAAGCUGCCUCCGAUCCCGGCCAAGCCUGUCGAAAUCGCGCUGCCGCCCGCGCCGGGCAAGGCGCGGGCGUGA